UUGAGCAGAUUAGCCGGUCUGAGCUAGCGUUGCUCUUUUUUAAAUUGCCUCCUCGCCUUAAACUGAGGUUUCAGGAUCAGCUCUUUGCCCAUCCACUGUUUGAUGCUCCGGCCAGUGGAGCCUCUGUUCCUAGUACUGCCUGCCAGCCAGUCAUGGCACAGAGGCACUUUUAUAGCCAGAGCCAAAAUCCAGAUUCUAAUCUGCUGCAUUGGCUCGUUGUUCUUAUUCAGGAAUGAGGAUCAGAGGAACGACCAGAACACUCAAGGCUCUAAUAUUCCCACAGCAGGCAACAGAAUCGGAAGGACUUAUAGGAAAAUUUGUGGUUGUAUGACUUCAGCCCCUGAGACGUAGGCCGAGACUCACUCAUGGCGGACUCUAAGCUGUUUGUGACGGGGGCGCCCCCUCUGGAUGAGAGGGAUAUGGAGCUGGAUGUGCUGGGCUUCCUGGACUCUCUGGGGGAGGACAACAUCACUGCAGCAGAGAGGUGCUACCGCUCCCACUCCCGCAGCAGUGUCCUGCAAGGUCUGCCCUUUGGAGGGGUGCCCACGGUCCUCGCCAUUAAUGUUGUCAUGUGGAUGUUUCUUUUGCUGAUCUUCUCCUGUUUGAGGAAGGCUGCUUGGGACUAUGGCCGUCUGGCUCUAUUGAUGGAGAAUGACAGCCUCACGUCGUUGUUCUACGGAGAGCAGAGUGAGAAGGAGAAGUCCCCAUCAGAGUCCAGCCCGUCAGACUCCGAGACCAAGGACUUGGGCUUCUGCUCUUGGCUUACAACAAUCUAUCAUAUGAAGGAUGAUGAGAUCAGGAGUAAAUGUGGCAUCGACGCUACGACCUACCUGUCCUUCCAGCGCCACAUCAUCCUGCUCAUGACCGUGGUCUGCCUGCUGUCUUUGGCCAUCAUCCUGCCUGUCAACUUUUCCGGGAACCUCCUAGGGGAUAAUCCUGAAAAUUUUGGAAGAACGACUGUGGCUAAUCUUCCUGCAAAGGACAGCUUCCUGUGGCUCCACAGUAUCUUUGCUCUGCUCUACUUCAUCAUCACAGUGCUGUGUAUGGCCCACCACUCCUCACGCCUGGAGUACAGAGAGGACGAGAAGGUGGCCAGGACUCUCAUGAUCACCUGCAUCCCAAGAGAGAUCUCAGACCCAGGCCUCAUCACAAAACACUUCCAUGAGGCUUACCCCAGCUGUACUGUCACUGACGUCCGCUUCUGCUUCAAUAUACACAAACUGAUGAUGCUGGACUCUGAGCGACGGAAGGCGAUGAAAGGAAGGCUGUAUUUCGCCACUAUGUCCCAGAAGGAGGGGAAGAUCAUGAUUAAGACCCACCCCUGUGCUACCAUUUUCUGCUGUGACGUGUGCGGCUUUGAGCAGGUGGAUGCAGAGCAGUACUACAGUGAGUUCGAGGAGAAACUGACUGAUGAGUUUAAUGCAGAGAAGCAUCGCAUCUCGCUCAAGAGGCUGGGCAUCGCCUUCGUGACUUUUCGGGAUGAGAGGAUGACUGCUGUUAUUGUCAAGGACUACAGCCGGCUCCGUUGCCGUCGGAGACCCAAGCAGUCUAGCAUCACCACGGUAGUUCAGUCUCACAGGUGGGGUGUAGGCUAUGCCCCAGCUCCAAGCGACAUCAUCUGGGAGAACCUGUCGGUGUGCGGCUCCCGCUGGUGGCUGCGCUUUGUCCUGCUCAACAUCCUCCUCUUCCUCCUCCUCUUCUUCCUCACCACGCCCGCCAUCAUCGUCAACACCAUGGACAAACUCAACGUCACCCGGCCUGUUGACAGCCUGAGGAGCCCGAUCAUCACUCAGUUCUUCCCUACCCUCCUGCUCUGGGCGUUCUCUGUCCUGUUACCCUUCAUAGUCUACUACUCGGCCUUCUUCGAGUCUCACUGGACCAGAUCCAGUGAGAACCAGAUCACGAUGCACAAGUGCUUUGUACUGUUGGUGUUCAUGGUGAUCAUCCUGCCCUCGCUGGGUCUCUCCAGUCUGGACCUGUUCUUCAGGUGGCUGUUUGAUGUCAAUUUCCUGGAAGACAAGAAUAUAAAAUUUGAGUGUGUGUUCCUGCCUGAUAACGGAGCGUUCUUUGUGAACUACGUGAUUACGUCCAGCCUGAUCGGCACAGCCAUGGAGCUGCUGCGUAUCCCAGCUCUGAUGGUGUAUGCUCUGCGUCUCUGCUUGGCCAAGCCCGGGGCCGAGCGCAUCCACGUCAAACGGAGCCAGGCCUAUGAGUUCCAGUUUGGUCUGCAGUAUGCCUGGACCAUGUGCAUCUAUGCUGUUAGCAUAACCUACAGUAUCACCUGUCCCAUCAUCAUGCCCUUUGGGCUGCUCUACCUGAUCCUGAAACACAUGGUGGACCGCUACAACAUCUAUUAUGCCUACGUGCCCACCAAGCUCAACCAGCGCAUCCACACUGCAGCCAUCAGCCAGGUCAUCGUGGCGCCCAUCCUCUGCAUGUUCUGGCUUCUGUUCUUCUCCGUGCUCAGACUGGGCCCAGUGCAUCCCAUCACCCUCUUCACCUUUGUGUCCCUGCUCUCCUGCCUUGCCUUCUCCCUCCUUGGCCUAUGCCUUAGGAAACAGCCUGACAAGUCAUCAAGCUACCAGAUGUCAGACCAGGUGUCUGCUGACCAGCCAGCAGAAGGGGCCUUCGCUAAUGCAGAGAGAAGCUCCACCCCCUCCACCACCCCAUCUAAUCUGUUUGUGGCACCUGUGUUGCUGGAGCCGGAGCUAGGCCUGACCCCGAUGCCCUCCCCAGCUCACCAGAGCUACGGGACCAUGGCCAGCUCCCAGGACCGAGAGGAGGAGGAGGAGGACCACGUUGAAACCGUUGAGACAGAGCUCCAAGAGCCCCCAGACCCCUACUAUGCCAUGGACAGCCCAGUGGGUAACCAGUGACCCUCCACCUCCAUGCCUACGCCUGUGAUAUGAACGUGCCACAAUGCUGCAUAUUUACCUUUUAACCUCAGAAUCACAUCCAACUGCCUCAGCCCCUCUGACUGGACCAUGUUUGUGAGACCAUUUGGAUUGUGUCUUUGGCGGUUCUUUGGAACCCAAGGCUGAAAUAAUUUCUUCCUCAGCCCUGUCAUGUGGAGAAAGGAUGCAAGUGGCCUUCUCUCCCUCGGUGUACAGAAGUCAAAGUGACCACACCACAACAUCUCUCAAAGCUGUCAUCAUAAAUGAACCAUACGGAGGAUACUUCAAACAAAAGUGCUGUCAUUUUCUGACUUACUGCUUCAUAAUUUUCUCCCUUUCUUCCCUCUAAGUUGCAUGGAAUGAAUUAACUAGCGAGGAAGGACACUGGGACAGGAGUAGGGGUGAAUUUCACCAACUCAGUGGGUUUUAACCGACUGACCCUACUAGACAGAGUGGUCUUGGCUCUGGUGUGGUAGAGCUCGUGAGGCAGAGGGUUAGGGUUGUAAUCAAGCCAUCUGCAGUGAGAGAACAGGACAGACGUAUGGAGGGCAGAGUGGAUCUCAGAGCUCUAACACUCCCUAUGGAGUAGAAGGCACAAGGAACCCAAUGGGACCUGAUACUAUUGUAUUUUUUUGUCAAGGUUGUUAUUUUUGCUAUUCUGUAGUUGCCCGUUGUAUGUGAUAUUAUUGUGCUGAAGUGUGAGGGGCAGGCUGUUUAUUGUUUAACAAUGUAUUUAUGGUGCCAUCCCUUUAUUGUUUAUAAUUAUUACUGUGAAAAAGGUGUCUUCUUGUUGGACAAGUCCAGGUAGUCAACCAUUUCAAAACAUGAUCUCCAAUUUACUUUGGUUUUAUGUUUUGCAUAAAUGUCCGGCAGCAAAAAAUAGUAAAGAAAAAAUACUAAUCUUACUCUAUUGCAUCGUGGUUUCAGUAGUCCAAACCAGUCCUCUCCACUGCAUGUUGAGAAUGCUGUAUAAGAGAAAGGAUUUGUCUGUACAUUGAGGGUGGACAUGGAGUAUAACAAACUAAACAGCUUUCUCUAAUGCUGCAUAAGACUACAGUAACUACAUAAGACUACAGUAACCUAUGCUAGUGUUGUAAUGCGAGUGUUUUUCUGCUCGAAGGAGAGGUUUCCUUGCGAAACUGAAUGUAAACUGAUUGUGGUUAGUAAUUGUGCUCUCUUGCUGUGCCUUGAAGAAAAUCGCCCUUUCGUCUAGCAAUCCAGCAUGGCCUGAAAUAUGCCGCAUGGACUGAACUAAAAACCAGGGAAAAGAUGGAGACAGAUUUAAAUUAACAAACACACAUAGAGUAGCGUAUGGCCAUAGUUCUAUCAAACGCUACCCAUAACCAGCUCUAAUCUUAUUCCCAUCAUUUGUGUGAGCAGCCAUCUUCCUAUGAAUAGUUCCCUCAGCCAAUAAACAAGCAGGGUUUAAAUAAGUAUUUAGGUAUUAUGCAAAAUACUUAUUUUCUGUGUAAUUUGAGUAUUUUCAAAUAAUGUGGCCAAAGUCAGUUCAGGCCAAAGUUCUAUUUCAAGUAUUUUCAAAUAAUUUCCUAUAAAUUGCUUUUUAUUUUAAACUAUUAAAAAUGUCAAAUUAAAAUAAUACCUCUAGGACCAGGUUCAAAUGCAUGGUAUUAAAAUAUUUGUAUUUGAAAAUACAAUUGUCUGCAUUUGACUAUUUUCAAAUACUUAACAAAUGUAUUUCCAAAAUGCAUUCUAAUAUUCAACUGCUUGUAUUUCCAUAACAAAAACAUCUAAAUACCUACUUCAAAGUGUAUUUGAAAGUAAUUGAAAUACCCAGAUCUGACAAGCAGUGUGCUCCACAGACCACUGAGCUAAUGAUGUUGACUCAAUAUGUGCUGACUGGAUUUGCUUGUCUCAGAUGUCUUAGAAUGUUGUUGUUUUUCCAAUGGAAUCAUUUGGAUUGUGGCUUAAGGUGCCUUGUUGUGGGUGUCACUCUCUCUGUCUUUGCAGCUUCUAACUGCUGUAUUCUGUGAUCUUAUAGCCAAGCUCUUUGUAGAUGAAUUUGAAACUUGUUUCUCUGGUGUCUUGGCCCUUCCUACAAUGUUAUGAUAAGUUAUUAUGUUAUGUUUGUCAUCGUGCAGAAAUUGUGGUUCCUGGUUUUUCCUGAACCCAAAGAAAGCUACAGAAUAUAUAGAAUAAUACUCCAAAAUUAGAACUGUAAAAUUGUUCGCCUAAGAAAUGUCACCCAAAGAUACAGGUCCAUUGUACUUUUUAGUGCAUCCCUGGGAAGAUUGUCAUUUUAUAGUCAUUGAAGUAUAUUCUUGAUAUACCCUGAUGUCUUUAUUUUGUAUAAUUUUUAUUAUUAUUAUAAAUAGUGUUUGUUAGAAGUGGUUUUGUGAAACGGGCAGAAUAUUAUAGGAUAAAUCUAGUGUCUUAUAAAAUCUAAGUUAUUUGUUUAAUUUCAGGGGGAAAUAGAAUUGUUUUAUGAACAAAUGUCCAGCAUAAAAACAGAAAGUGAUCAUCCCAAAACGAGUCACUGUUAUGUUCACAGUGUAGGCCUACGCUACCAGUUUGAACAGCACAUCACAGAAACCCUAAACAAAAAAGUGCCUAAGCUCACCAAAUGUGUGCUCUGGAUUUCAGCUUUAGCAUGUCGUUUCACAGGCCAUGAAGUUCAUAUGUAGGCGCUACUUGGUCAAUCCGACGUCUGCAUUGGCCGUGCAGCAUUUACAGCGGUACGGCCUCUUCAGAAGUCAGGGCAUUCAUACUUCUUGCGCUUCGUGGAGCAGCGCAGAGCUGUUGUCAAGGAAGUGAGCUUGUGUUUAUACAGGACCUCCCGCCCUCACCUACCGUCAAACAAUCAUGUAAAUGCGGAGCUAUAUGGAACUCUCCAUUGUUACAGAAUUUGAGAGGCUAUGGCGAUGCAGUACAGAGCUCAUUUUGGCCUCUGGAUUCCUCCGUAGGCUCCGCAAUUGCGUCACAUCAUCCAUACGGGGCGUCCUACCACAUUUUCAGAUCAAGCAUAAAUUGUCUCUUCCUAUUAAAACAUGUUAAUCAAUUUAUUUUUUAUGGUGGUCACAACGGUUGAGUAAACAUCAAAAAGAAAGCUUGGUUCUUUAUGUUCCAAUAAUGAGUGGGGGAAUGUAUGUGUAAAACUCACUGAUAUUUGAUUCCAAAUUAGCUCUGUUGUACCUCUGUCAUUUGUGCUCAUACAUCAAAUGCUCUUCACAUGGGUGCCCCGGCUCUAUUUUGGGGAUACAGUGGUUUUCCACUUAGGUCAAGCUCUUAUUUUCAUCCUUUACAGGAAACUGGUGUGUCCUUACUGAAGUACUACUUAUAGAUUUCUCUGAAUCAUUUACUUUUGCAGGGAAAUAAAGUAAAACAAACAUUCUGUCAUCUUGA